UUCAGGAUAUUGAUAAUGUAGUGUAAGCGCAUAAUCUGUGUACAACAUCAGUUGUCUAUGUCAGUUGUCAACGUGAAUUGUCAAGGGCAGUUUUAAUUAUACCGAGCUACAAAUGGGCUGUGUGUUUUAUUGUGAGCUUCCCCAGUACUAAAUACUAUAGUGGCGACGAGGACAAUUAGUUACGGUUUUGCGUGCGCAUUCAAUCUACAGUGUGUCACAAUGUCGAUUGGUAAAAUCAAAGAGUUCGACAUGCGGUCGGGGUUAUGGACGUCUUAUAUGGACAGACUUGAGAUGUACUUCAAGGUGAACAAGGUCUCGGACGAAAUGAAGUUACCGACGAUGAUUGCUAGUAUGGGGGAUGAAGCUUACGAGUUGCUGGUUAAUCUCGCUAGUCCAAACAAGCCUUCGGAAUUAUCUUUCGUACAAGCUGGUGAUUUGAUGCAACAACACUUACAACCGCCGCCAUCUUCGUUAGCGGAAAGAUACCGAUUUCGACAGAAACGGCAAGGUGCUACGGAGGAUGUGGCCACAUACGUAGCGGAACUGAAGAAAUUGUCGCGGAAUUGUAAGUUCAACACCAAUUUGAACGAAAACUUACGCGACCAAUUUAUCUGCGGGCUGCGCAGUGACGUCAUUCGGCAGCGGUUAUUCGCUGAAAAUGACACCAUAAAUUUUGCGGAGGCGGUCAAGUUGGCGUGUUCGUUAGAAGCAGCGGAGAGGGACGCAGCUGUGGUUGAGGGGAAAGGAGCAUCAGAGGCGAGGAGUACGUGCUCGGUCCAUGCGCUAGAAAAGUGCGCGGGGCGUGUCGGACAAGGACGCGGGCGCAGAGUUGGCGGAGCGGGACCGGUAGCACCGUCAGCUAGAGGCCGCACGCGGCCGGUCAAUGUCAGGAUGACGGGCUCAGCCGGGUCGGUGAACGCAGGCUGCGCAGCAUGCGGGGCGGCGAAUCACGAUUUUGACAGGUGCCGCUAUCGGAACUUUGUGUGCAGCAAAUGUCAAAAUGUGGGUCACUUGCGGCGGGUGUGUCCUGAGUGGAAAGGUCGAAGGUCGCAGGAAAACAAUGACGGUCAAGAAAAAGCGAUUAGGCGCGGAUUUCAUUUCGGAGAUCUCGACUACGGGACCAGUGAUGAAGAAGGGGUUAUCGAAGAUCUAAAUCUCAUGGCAUUAAAUAAUUAUAAGGCGGUAUAAAGAACUGUUCAGUGGAGGGCUGGGACGGUACAGGGGGGGCAAGGCAACACUGCGGGUGCGUGAGGGCGCGGAACCCGUAUUUCACCGAGCACGGCCCCUGCCGUAUGCACUCCGUGAGCGCGUCGACGCUGAGCUCGAUGCGAUGCUGCGCGCCGGCGUCAUCGAGCCGGUGGACUGCUCGGACUGGGCUUCUCCACUGGUGCCUGUUAAUAAGGCUGACGGUACGUUACGUAUUUGUGCGGACUACAAGUCUACUUUAAACCCCGUUUUGCUGGUCGAUCGUUACCCACUUCCUAGAAUUGAUGAUGUUUUGGUAGGGUUAAAUGGAGCUCAAUAUUUAAGCAAAAUAGAUUUAUCUAAUGCUUACAAUCAGAUUGUGUUGGAUGAUUCCAAAAAGUUUACUGUCAUUAACACACACCGAGGGUUAUUUCGAUACAAUAGGUUAGUAUAUGGCUUAGCAUCUAGCGUAGGAAUUUUCCAACGCAUUAUGACAAAUUUAUUACAGGGCAUUCCGCAUGUGCAAGCGUUUCUUGAUGACAUCAUCAUAGGAGGUCAGACUAGAACGGAGCAUUUACAGGCCCUUGAGGCUGUUUUGAAGCGUUUAGCUGACAACGGAUUAAAGUUAAGGAAGGAUAAAUGUGUUUUCUUGGUAGACAAUGUUAAAUAUUUGGGGUAUGUGAUAUCAAAAGAUGGAAUUAAAGCGGAUACUUCUAAGAUUGAUGCUAUUCUUAAGAUUGAAGCUCCUACCAAUGUAACAGAAUUACGUUCGUUCCUAGGUAUGAUUAACUUUUACGCAAGAUUUACUAGAAAUCUUAGUUCCUUACUAGCUCCUUUGCAUAGUUUACUGCGGAAGGAGAUUCCAUGGAAAUGGGACAGUGAGUGCGAGCGCGCAUUCGGAGAAGUCAAAAGAGCGUUAGUCAGUAGCGAGGUGUUAGCUCACUACGAUCCUAGGAAACCGGUUAUCGUGACGUGUGAUGCGAGCGCGCGGGGUAUUGGAGGGGUAUUGGCGCAGCGCGGGGUGCGGGGCGAGCGCCCAGUGGCGUAUGCGUCGCGUGCCCUCACUGCUGCGGAGAAAAAUUAUUCUCAAAUACACCGCGAAGCUUUAGCUAUUAUUUUCUGUGUAAAGAAAUUCCAUCAAUAUUUAUACGGACGAAAAUUUACAUUACGCACUGACCAUAAACCGUUGGUUUCUAUCUUUGGCCCUAAUGCCGGGAUACCGACUAUGACCGCGAGUAGGAUGCAGAGGUGGGCCGUCAUUUUGUCUGCUUAUGACUACGAUAUAGAAUACAUUAAAACUAACGAAAACUGUGCGGACGGCCUAUCGCGGUUGCCGAUCAAUACUACUAAACAAGAAAGUGACGUAAUUCCGGAACAGACAUAUUUACACUUUGCACAAGAAGCGUUAUUAUUGGAUAAUAAACAAAUAAAAACAUUUACAUUGAAGGAUGCCAUUCUGAGUAGGGUUUUAUCGUUUAUACGGGACGGUUGGCCCGAAGUGUGUAGUAUAGUAGGUAUGCAACCUUAUUUUAAUAGGAAGUCGGAAUUAUACGAGGAAUUAGGAUGUGUUAUGUGGGGGCAUAGGGUUGUGAUUCCUGAUGGUUGCCGAGAUAAAGUGUUAAAAUUAAUACAUGAGCCGCACAUGGGGAUAGUUAAAUCCAAAGCCAUAGCACGUAGCUACGUGUGGUGGCCCGGCAUCGACGAGGCGGUGGAGCGCGAGUGCCGCGCGUGCGCCACCUGCGCCCAGCAUGCGGACGCGCCCCCCAGCGCAUCCCCACGGCUCUGGCCCUGGCCUCACCGCCCAUGGACUAGGCUCCAUUUAGAUUUUAUGGGCCCCAUCGGAGGUAGAUUGUAUUUGGUCGUAGUAGACUCCAUGUCAAAAUGGUUAGAAGUUUUUUUGGUUCCUAAUACGUCAGCUCGAAGUACUAUUUCUAAGCUUAGUGAACUAUGGAGUAGGUUUGGCGUUCCUAGGCAGAUAGUGACAGAUAACGGUCCACCAUUUACAAGUAGUGAAUUUGCCACCUCUUUACAGGGUGACGGGGUGGAACACGUAUUUACAGCCCCUUAUCAUCCCGCGUCAAAUGGGGCGGCGGAGAACGCAGUCAGGACCCUAAAGAAGGUUAUUAAAAAGGCUAUAGCUGAGAACAAAAAUAUAGAAUUGACCUUGAAUAAUUUCUUACUACAUUACCGUAAUACCGAACAUUGUUCUACGGGAGAAAGUCCGGCGAUAUUACUGAUGGGCAGACGUUUAAGGACUAGGUUAGACGCGUUGAAACCAGAUAGGGAAGGCAAGGUUCGUGAGUCGCAGCAGCGGCAGGUUAGAGGUAAAGGUGGGGAGAGUAGAGAAGUAGGAGUAGGUGACGAUGUUUGGUACCGUCAGUAUCUAAAGGCAGAAAAAUGGCAACCAGGAUCUGUGAUUAAGUCAACAGGAACUAAUGAUUAUAAAAUUCUUGACGAUAAGGGUAACGUUCACCAUAGACAUCUCGACCAGCUAAAGCGUAGAACGAGGAGUUCGCUUGUAGUCCCCACAGGUACGAGACCGUCUUCCGUGGACCCUCAGACUUUGGAGCCUGAUAUCCAGGCGGAGAUCCCAUCUGAGCGGACCGUAGUUCGAGGCGAGCAGCUGGGUGAGCCCGGGGGUAAGAUAGGUACCAAUACAGAGUCCGUUGAGGAUUUAGGCAUGCCAAUCAGUGAGGACUUUACCACGCCUCCUACCACCCCAGUACCGACCCAGCCACGUCCCGUUCGGAGUUGUCGAGUGGGUAAAACCAUAAACUAUAAGUAUUCUUAAGUUAAUCAUAAUUUGUUAGAUAUUAAGUAGGUAAUAAGUUAGAGAGGGGUAAUUGUUGUAAUUCUAAAUUAAGUGGGGAGGGAUGUAGUGUAAGCGCAUAAUCUGUGUACAACAUCAGUUGUCUAUGUCAGUUGUCAACGUGAAUUGUCAAGGGCAGUUUUAAUUAUACCGAGCUACAAAUGG